UUAGGACAACAAAAGUGUUAAAAGCAUAUAAUUAAUAAUGAUACAUAGUUUAUUUAUUGUAAAUAAUAGCGGUGAUGUUUUUUUGGAAAAACAUUGGCGUUCGGUGGUGUCCCGUUCCGUAUGUGAUUAUUUUUUAGAUGCCCAAAGAAAUUCACCAUAUGAUGUUCCUCCUGUUAUCUCUACACCCCACUAUUACUUGAUAACGGUGCAACGUAAGGGAAUUUCUUUGGUGGCUGCCUGUAAACAAGAAGUGCCUCCUUUAUUUGUUAUUGAAUUCUUGCAUCGUGUUGUUGACACUUUUGAAGAUUAUUUCGGUGAUUGUUCGGAAUCGAUUAUUAAAGAAAAUUAUGUUUUGGUUUAUGAGUUGUUGGAUGAAAUGCUCGAUAAUGGCUUUCCCUUGGCAACGGAAAGUAAUAUAUUGAAGGAGCUGAUUAAGCCACCAACUAUAUUAAGAACUAUUGCCAAUACGGUGACCGGUAAAAGCAAUGUCAGCACCACCUUGCCUCAGGGUCAAUUGUCUGCCAUUCCUUGGCGUCGUAGUGGAGUUCGUUAUACUAAUAAUGAAGCCUAUUUCGAUGUUAUUGAGGAAGUUGAUGCCAUAAUUGAUAAAUCUGGUUCCACUGUAUUUGCUGAAAUUCAAGGCUAUAUUGAUUGCUGUAUUAAAUUGUCCGGCAUGCCUGAUUUAACAUUGUCUUUUAUGAAUCCUCGCCUCUUUGAUGAUGUCUCCUUUCAUCCUUGUGUACGCUUUAAAAGAUGGGAAGCUGAACGUUUACUAAGUUUUAUACCACCUGAUGGCAAUUUCCGUUUAAUGUCCUAUCACAUUAGCUCACAAUCUGUGGUGGCUAUACCCAUUUAUAUAAGACAUAAUUUCUCCAUUAAAACAGGAGAACAGGGACGUUUAGAUUUGACUGUGGGUACACGCACAUUAAUGGGUCGUUCGGUGGAUAAAGUUAAAUUGGAAAUAGCUAUGCCAAAAUGUGUACUUAAUUGUAUACUUACACCAAAUCAGGGAAAAUAUACCUUUGAUUCGGUAUCAAAAACAUUAACCUGGGAUGUAGGACGUAUUGAUGUUACUAAUUUGCCCAAUAUAAGAGGAACUGUUUCAAUACCUCCUGGUACUCCUAGUUUGGGCUCUAAUCCUACUAUUAAUGUGCAAUUUACAAUAUCUCAAAUGGCCGUUUCUGGCCUUAAAGUUAAUCGCCUCGAUAUGUAUGGUGAAAAGUAUAAACCUUUUAAAGGUGUUAAAUAUAUUACCAAGGCUGGUAAAUUUCAAGUUCGUAUGUGAUUUGGAAAAUCUCAUUAAAAAUAAAACUAAAUUAUUCCAUUAAAUUUUAAUUUAUAUAAAACGCGUAAAAUUAGUUUUGAAGCAAGA